ACUUAACAAGCAUGCUGCCACGUAUACGCACAGAGGCUCUUAGCACUUCAUAGCAGCAGAGACUACAUGACCAUGGUUGUGAUUUAUGAGAAAAGACACCUGGCAGGACUGUCAUUGUGGCUGGCUCUCCUCCUUGGAUCAUCCACUGUGGUGCAUACUGGUAAGUUACUGGUAGUGCCAAUGGAUGGGAGCCACUGGACCACGAUCCAGGCAGUGGCAGAGAAGCUGGGACAAAGGGGACAUGUGGUUGUGGUGGUUAUCCCACAGGUGAGCAUGCGUCUCGGACCUACUAAACACUGUACCACCAAGACAUACCCCGUGCCCUAUGGCCAGGACCUGGUUAAUCACCUACAGGCCCAGCAUGGAAGACGUAUGAACAUGAACAAGUCAGAACCCUUCCUAGAGAGGGUUUCUGGCAAACUGAAGGGUAUGAGAAACCUCAGAAACUUUCUGACGACCACCAGUGAGAGCUUGCUGUACAACCAGGAAGUGAUGUCAUACCUGAGGGAGCAGCAGUUUGAUGCGGUGCUGACAGACCCCCUUGUGCCGACUGGGGCUAUCCUGGCAGAGCACUUCUCUGUCCCUUCUGUUUUUUUGCUGCGCGGGAUUCCAUGCGGCCUGGAUUUCUCAGCCGCAGCCUGCCCCAGCCCUGCCUCCUUCGUCCCUCGAUUCUUUACCCUGAACACGGAUCAGAUGACCUUUGUCCAGCGGGUUCUCAAUGUGCUGAUCAGCUUUCUGGAGCCCCUAUUAUGCAGGAUCCUAUACCAGCCUUUCGACAACAUCGCCUCUCGUGUCCUCCAGAGAGAUGCGACGGUGGCGGAAAUAUUGAGUCAUGCGUCUAUAUGGCUGAUGCGGUUUGACUUCACCUUUGACUUCCCGCGGCCCCUUAUGCCUAACAUGGCACUGGUGGGAGGGAUUAACUGUGCCGUCCAGAAAGCACUGCCACAGGACCUAGAGACAUUUGUGGAAGAGUCUGGUGAAGAUGGCUUUGUGGUGUUCACGCUGGGCUCGAUAGUGUCUGAAAUGCCAAAGGAGAUGGCAAGCCGGUUUAGUGAGGCCUUCAGACAGAUUCCUCAAAGGGUUCUGUGGAGGCAUACUGGCCCACUGCCCGAUAACCUUCCGGAGAAUGUCAGAAUCUUGAACUGGCUACCUCAAAACGAUCUUUUAGCACAUCCCAAAGCCAGGGCCUUCAUCACACACGGAGGAACGCAUGGCAUCUAUGAGGCCAUAUGCAAUGGCGUUCCCAUGGUGAUGGUGCCCUUGUUCGGUGACCAGAGCGACAACGUCGAGCGCAUGGUGCACCGCGGCGUGGCCGUGGCCCUGGACAUCUAUAGCAUUACCACAGCCAAGCUGCUGGAGACGCUCAACAUGAUCAUCAACGAGAAAAGUUAUAAAGAGAAGAUGACGAAGCUCUCAGCUGUUCAUAAGGAUCGCCCUAUUGAGCCUCUGGACCUGGCGGUCUUCUGGACAGAGUUUGUCAUGAGGAACAAAGGAGCAGACCACCUCAGGGUAGCUGCCCAUGAGCUCAACUGGGUCCAGUACCACAGCCUGGAUGUGAUUGGCCUGUUACUCCUCAUAAUAGUGACUGUUGUCAUAGUGACAGUGAAAUGUUGCACAUUUUGCUGUCGGAAAUGUUGCUCAAGGAAGACACUUAAGAAGAAGAAAGACUGAAGGCACACUACAAGAUAAACUGAAGAAGGUGCUUUUUAAUUGUGUAAAUGUUUAUGCUAAUUGGGAAAUGUAAUUGCUUUUUGCGGGAGAUAUGCUUUCGCCACGCAUUGUUGUGACAUCUGUGCCCUUUUCCACAGUUUUAAAAAAUUUUCUAUGUGUUCUCUAUAUGCUCACUCCUUACUCCCCAGUCUUAGUGUUUUUCUGUUUCUUCCAUUUUUCUUAUAUCCCAGGUCACUGUCCGUAGUCUGUUCUAUCAUUCAUUCAUUCCUCUCACCUGUUUCUCAUUUUUUACUCAUUAGUAUUGUAUUUAAGUCUGCCUGUUUGUUCUUUCCUUUGCUAGUUUGUCAGUUCUGUUCUAGCCCUAUUUUCCUGUCUUGCUUUCCAUCUGUAUUUUUUUUUUUUUUUUUUGAUUUCCUGUUUUUCUGACCUCUGCCUGGCUUAUUUGGAUUCUCUGUUCAUGAGCUGAGAAUGAGAAGGUUCUAUCUGUGUUCUGAGAGUUUUGAGAUAUUGAGCUUCAAAGAUUCCAAAGUGAAUGGGCUCCAAGCAGACUUUUACAUUUAGCAUUUUUUCAUAUUUUAAACAGUAUUUUUGUAUAAAACUUCACAGAUGUAUUUCGUACCCUAUAAACAACAUCUUACAUUACAUUACAUUAUUGGCAUUUGGCAGACGCUCUUAUCCAGAGCAACGUACAACAAAGUGCACACCCAUAACCAGGGAUAAGUGCGCUGAAAGACCCUAGAGGGAAGUACAAUUUCAAUUGCUACCCGUACAACAAUCUGACACAAACUCU